AUGCCGUCCCCCGUCACCUCGCGUCCGCCGUCGCCGACGCCCUCCCAGCUCCCCCCCGUCCCCGGCUCGCCCGUCUACUCCAUUGCAUCGACGGCCAACCCGCUGUCCAACUUCAACCUCCCGCUCCCGCCAGCGCCGCGGCCCUCGCACGCGCUCCUCACCAAGGCUGACCUCGAAGCCUCCCACCAAGCCUACUCGGACCUCCUGGCGUCCGCCAAAUCCUACCGCCUCGCCCUGGCGACGCUGUCCACAGCCGCGUCGUCCUUCGCCUCGGCCCUCGAGGCCUGUGCGCGCCUCAAAGAAUCCCGCGCCGAGCCCAUCGGCCACCACGCCGCCGGCACCAGCAUGACGGCCAGCUUCACCACCAAGGGCGUCUGCACGGCCGACACCCUCCUCUCCGCCUCGGGCGUGCACCACCUCAUCGCCAACCACCACCAGAUCCUCUCCGAGACGGUCUACCGCUCCUUCGAAGUGCCGCUCCUCCACGACCUCGACAAGUGGCAGACCGUCAUUGACGACGAGGAAGAGACGUACCAGCACAAGAUCAAGGCCCAGAGCAGAGAAGUCAAGCGCCUCGAAAAGGAAGGCCUCAAGCUGCACAAGCAGCGAAGGCGGGACGUGGCCCGCUUCCGCGCCCACCUCGUCGAGCUCACGCGCAAGCUGGACGGCCUGACGACCCUCCACGCCGACCACUCGCGCGCCCUGCUCCGCGAGAGCCAGGACACGAGCGGGCGCAUCGUCGACGCGAGCUGCAGCCUGGUCCGCGCCGAGGUGGACAUCUUCGAGAGCCUGGCGCGCAAGGGCUGGACCGGCGGCGGCCUCGACGACCUGCUGGAGAAGGGCACUGACCUGUUUGCCGCCGACGACGCGGGCGGCCACGCUGCUGUCACGGCCGCCGCCGCCGCCGCCGCCGCCGCCUCCUCGGGCAGCGCAGACACCGCCAAGCUGUUCUCGAUAUUGCCGCCCAAGAGCAUCCUGGCCGACUCGGCGUCGGAGCUGUCGCGCCCGGGACACGGGAGGGGAGACAGCCUGCUGGGGGAGUCGGAUCGCUACCAGUCCCUUGCGGCGCUGGCGCUGGCGACGGAGCACACGCACAACGGGGCUGGGGCCGCAGCUGCCGCCGCCGGAGACGCGGACAGCGUGUUUUCGGCCGAUUUUAACAAACCGCGUGGUGCGAGGCCGUUUUCGCCACAGCCGAUACGCCGAGUUCCGGCCGACGUGACCUUUGAGUCGCUCCGGGCCAUGGGGGAGGCGCCCGCGGAGGAUGCCGACGACGACGACGACGACGAGCAAGAAGACGAGGAAGGCGUUGAGAACGGCGAGCAGGACAGGGGACGAAGGAGGAGGUCGACCUCGGACUUGAGAGGGGACACGGAUCAUGGCCGGCAAGAGAGCGCGGCGGACACGUGGGCGGAUUCAUGA